AUGCACAGCAGCGAGCGAGGGGAUCGCUGUGCCAGUGUGCAGGAGUCAGGGCUCUGCAUCUGUGCUCAGCACUGCAAAGUUCCCGUGUUUGGUCAGAUGGAGGGGCUGUCCCCGGGGCGCGCGGGGCUCGAACGCCAUGCCCCCGGCUCACCCCUGGCCCUGGGCGGGGCUGCCCUAUGCCCGGCCCAGGCCGUCCCGCCGCGGUCUCGCCUCCGCCCGGCUCUGGCCGUGCUGGCGGUGGCGCUGCUGGGCGGGCAUCAGUGCCUGGUGCGGGGCGGCAUUGCUGCCCUUUGCCUCCGCAUGGUCCGAGCCCGGUUCCGAUGCAGGGUCUGGUCCCAAUCCCGGCCCCAGCCUCGGCUCCUCCCGGGGCCCGCAGAGGACACAGGCAGCGCAGCCACUCCCGCUGCGGCUUCCCCGGCCUGGGCUCUGCCGCUCAGCAGCGCAGCCUCUGGCUACAAGCAGCCAGGGCCUGAGGCGGGUGGGGAUGCCGGGCCUGGGGUGGGUGAGGGGCACUCGGGGGCCAUUGCUGGCCCUGGGUCGAGCACUGACAGCCGCGUCCCGCCCGCAGGGAAGGCGCACGAGGCCCUGCAGGAGCGGUACUGGCUGGGAUCGCUGCUGGGGUGCGGUGGCUUCGGCAGUGUCUUUGCGGCCACGCAGCUCUCGGACGGUGCCCUGGUCGCCAUCAAACAUGUGCUGAGGGAUCGCAUCCGGCCCUGGGGCGAGCUGGCCUGGCACGGCUUCGGCCCCACUGACGGCACCAGCGCCAUGCUGGAGAUCGUGCUGCUGGCCAAGGUGUCCCGUGGCUGUGGUAGUGUCAUUCAGCUCCUGGAGUGGCUUGAGCUCCCCAAUAGCUUCCUGCUUGUGCUGGAGCGUCCGGAGCAGUGCCAGGAGCUCUCGGGUGUCCUGGCGGAGUGGGGGUUCCUGCCGGAGGAGGCGGCACGGGAGCUGUUCCGCCAGGUGCUGGAGGCUGUGCGGCACUGCACCAGCUGCGGGGUCCUGCACAGGGACAUCAAGCCCAAGAACAUCCUGCUCGACCUGGCCACCGGGCAGGCCAAACUCAUUGACUUUGGCUGUGGCACCUACCUGCAGGACACAGUCUACACUCACUUUGCAGGAACACAGUCAUACAGCCCCCCGGAAUGGAACGACUUUGGCUGGCACCAUGGCAAGACAGCAAUGGUCUGGUCCCUGGGCAUCCUGCUGCACCAGAUGGUCUGUGGGGAGCACCCUUUCAGGAGGGGCCAGAACAUCAGCUGGGGCCAGCUCCUGCUGCCACAAAGGCUCUCUCAAGAGUGCAAAGAUCUGAUCGGGUGGUGUUUAUCUGUGAAUUCCUUGGACAGACCCACAUUGGAAGACCUGUUCUGUGAUCCUUGGAUGCAGGAUAUUCCUCUGCUGUUGUGGUGUGCUAUCCUGCUGUUCGUGUGCAGUCUCGAGACGCCAUGA